CAUUGUAUUAUUACCUAUAAAUAUAAGAUAUAAAAAAGAAAAAGGAAAAUAAAUCUUGUAACGUUUCGUUCUUUCUUUUGUUAUUACCAAAUGAAAAGUGUUUAUCUAUUAUUGUUAUGUUUUGGACUACCGUUUGUCCUAGCGAGUAGCUACUGUACUGGCAGUUUUAAACCCACAACAUCGAUCUGUAAAAAGUUCCAGUUUAAUAAGCUCAAGAGUGCUGGUCACUGCACAGACAGUAAAAAGAAGACAUCGGGUGCCUUUAAGGGUCUCAAACUUUCGAAUUGUACAACGUUUUAUGAUAUCAGUAAACUUCCAAAUCAAAGCAUGGACGCUCAUUCUACAAAAAUGGCGGAAUUGAUCACGAAUGUUUUCGAAAAUGGCAAUACGAAAAUGGGUUAUGCCGCCAUUGAGAAAUUGGGAGACUGUCGAGGCUACACCGGUGGUUAUAUCGGGUUUACCACAGGUACAAAUGACGCCUAUGCUGUCGUGAAAGAAUACGUAAAAAGAAGCCCUAAAUCCAAUCUCAAGAAAUUCUUGCCGGAAUUAAAACGACUCACGACUUUUUUAUUUGGGGACCCAAAAAGGGACGACGUAUCCCGUUUGGCCGGAUUUCCCAAGGCCUGGAAAUCGGCUACAUGUAACGAUCCUGUAUUUAUCCAAACUCAGCUGGAUGUGGGUGAGGCAAUGUACAUGAAACCAGCAUUGAAGUAUGCUGCCAGUGUAGGGGUGAAAUCAAAUCUCGGAAAAGCCAUCUUUUAUGAUACCAUUGUUCAACAUGGCUGGCAGUAUGUAGAACCUAGUAUCAACCUCCCCAGAAUUCUUUUGCUGACAGGAAAGAGAAAGACAAAUGAAAGCGAGAAAUCUUAUCUGACACGAUUCCUGACAACCCGUCGACAACUGAUGUGCUGUUAUCCUGGCGAUGUUUGGAAUUCGUCAGCUGAUCGUGUAGCCGAUUUACAGUCACUUGUCAAUCAAUGGUCCAAGAACCAAAAAUUGUCAAAGCCUGUCCAAUUAAAGAUUUACGGUGCCACCGUCACCGGCAAAGAAAACCUGCUUGUCGACAAACAAACAUGUAAAAAUGUCACCAGCAAGAAGGCUAAAUCGAUACCUUUACCUAUUCCUAACACUUGUCCUAAAAAAUAAAUCUUCCUUUCCCCAUCC